AUGUCUCCCAUCGAGAGCGAUACUGCAACCAGCCGCCAGGGCAGCGGGUCCGCGGAAACGAGUCCUGCAGCUGACGUCUACUGCCCUCAACGACCAUCCAGCUCAGGAGUUACGGCGAGAAAGAAAGAGCAAGAUGUUUUUGGCCGCAAGGCGUAUGGCCAGCAUUCCAAAGCCAAGCUCCAGAAGCUCCAGGAGAAAGUAAAGGUCCACCAGCAAUACGUUGAAGAAUCCAUCAAAGCGCAACCAUGCACCACGACUCUGGCACCAACUUCAACGGCAACCUCCACAGUAGGGACCUCAAUGUUCCCCGCCUCAACGAUACAAAGCCAUCCCAGCUUGGGAGUCGAUUUCUUCAUGACACCACCAGAGCACUUCGUCCCCGACUGUACGCCCUUCAGGACCCGAGCCGUAGACGAAGACGCCUUCCUCAACUCGUUUCAGUCACCUGCACCCUUCACAUAUGCCGCGCCAUUCUACUCGUGGAACACGCUACCCGGCGCAUACGACCCGCAAGAACCACUGACUCCGGGACCGUCAUGCUCAGCUUCCGACAUACUGACGGGAUUCACAAUGGACGAUCCACUCUACUCGGCACAGAGCCUGCAUGGCCUGCACGCGGACAAUGUAUCACAGCCCAGGCUCUCUCCGGAAUACGCCUCGGCGGUGCAUGGGGACAACGGGGUGCAUGUCGAGUCGCCUGAAUCGUCCCAGGGCCGUGUCCGUUACCUUAUGGAGCAGGCCGCAGCCGUUGGGUUUGAGACUUUGGACGAAGCCAUUGAGGCGUAUUACACAGAGACGUUCGAGGACAUGCCGGCAUUGUACCAGGAGCAGAGGCUGAGCCGCAAUCGGCGGUUGCCCCGACUACUGAACACGCUCCAGAGCGCCGCCAAGGGCUGGAGCGAAUGGGAGAGGAGAGGGUUCCAGGAGCAGAUCACCAUGGGCGCCGAGGAGCUUCUGGUACAGGAGCUCAACACGUUUGUCAAGCAGCAGAGGCUGGGCGCCAGCGGCAGCAAGCCCGCAGACGGCGACGCAGGAAGAGGGCGCCUCGGGGGCGCGGACAACGUGUUGGCAAGGAGCCUACAGGUGCAAAACGACGUAAGUGCCGCCGUCGAUUGGCCGCAGGAGCCCGCCACUAAUCGGAACCGGGUCUCACAGCUUCCAAACCUCUGGGCCCUGACGACAGCCCUACUAGCAAGGGCCAACCCGUGCAGACAGGAGAACGGAUCGGACACGGUCCUCGCCAUCAUCGAAACUCUGUGCCACGGCCGGGGCGUCGGUUCUGUGAGCGGCGGCCUAGACCGGUCGUGA